GACGCGCUGAGACCAGCCAGUCCGCUGCCGGUAGGCGCCGCCUGCAGACGUGCCGGGCCACGCCUGAUCCUUUCGUCCUACAGCAUCACGCGGUCGACCGACUCGCAAUCUAAGUCUGUGUUUUGGCGACUCGCAUUCGCAAUUAAAAUCUGUGUUACUUAGCGCGCUGCCGGUUCAGUGCACCACGCAGUGUCACCAACGAGUGCGAGAAGUCGCGUGAGUGUGUAUGUGUGUGUGGAAGCGUCCGGCCACCUGUGGAACGUGACCACGCGCAUGAGUGAGAGAAAGAAAGGUUGUAACCACCUUGUGAAAAUGUGUAUGGGACGCAGUUACCAGUUUUGACGGAUUACCCAAGAUCACGUGACAUCGACGAGCUCCUGGACAAAUAAAGGACUCUAGCAGAGGGCACAUGCCGAAAAUUUACAUACUUCCCAUCUUUCCGUGCAGAGGCCUACCAUGGCCUCCUCCACGAUGCUGCGUCGGCGGGCCGAGCCCGUCUGCCUCAAGGAGUCCUCGCCGCCGGCCACGGCCUCUGACAACAGCGACUCGGAGGGCGAGAAAGACUUCGGCCUCGAGGACUUCGAGAUUAUCAAAACAAUUGGCACCGGCACCUUCGGGCGCGUCUGCCUCUGCCGGGACAAGUCGACGCUUGAGUACGGCGCCAUGAAGAUCCUGGCCAUUGGCGACGUCAUCAGGCUCAAGCAGGUGGAGCACGUCAAGAACGAGAAGAACAUCCUGGCAGAAAUCAGGCACCCCUUCAUCGUCAACCUCCGGUGGCACUGGCAUGACCAGAGCUACCUGUAUAUGCUCUUCGACUACGUCUGCGGAGGGGAGCUCUUCAGUUACCUCAGGAACGCAGGGAGGUUUAGUAAUAGUACGGGAAACUUCUACACGGCUGAAAUCGUACUGGCGCUGGAGUACCUGCACCAGCAGAACGUCGUGUACCGGGACCUGAAACCAGAGAACCUUCUGCUGGACAGGGACGGACAUCUCAAAAUUACCGACUUCGGCUUCGCCAAGAAACUCACCGACAGGACGUGGACUCUGUGCGGCACGCCCGAGUACCUCGCCCCGGAAAUCAUCCAAUCCAAGGGCCACAACAAGGCUGUGGACUGGUGGGCGCUGGGUGUUCUAGUCUACGAGAUGCUGGCCGGCUACCCACCUUUCUUUGACGACAACCCCUUCGGGAUCUACGAAAAGAUCCUCGCCGGCAAGAUCGAGUGGCCGCGGCAGCUGGACCCGGUGGCCAAGGACCUCGUCAAGAAGCUGCUGGUCCAGGAUAGGACCAAGCGUCUCGGCAACAUGAAGAAUGGCGCAGAGGACGUCAAGAGGCACAGGUGGUUCAAAGGUAUCGACUGGGUGGACGUCUUCCACAGAAAACUCAAGCCGCCCAUCGUCCCUCGCGUGAGCUACGACGGCGACACGCGCAACUUCGACGAGUAUCCCGAGGCGGACUGGAAAAACGCCCCCGUCGUGGGAGACACGGAAAGGAAGCUGUUUGAGGAUUUUUAAACAACCGUGAGGGCUGUUCUGUUGCUGUGCUGCCGUCGUGCUGCAGCAUGACAACUCCGGUCGGUGUGGCGUGCGGGUGACUCCUGGACUGUGAUGCAGGGCUGAAACUGGAAAAUUACCUGCCACGACGUUUGAUUGAAAACCAGUUCAAAUACAUGGGACGGGGACUAAUUGUACCUCCUGAAUAAUCUGCGUUAAAAUUGUGAAUAUGUGAUUGUGCGAAUGCGUUGUCAAGAGACAAUUUCUAAUUGCUUUUUCUUUUAGUCAAUAAGAAGCAGAACAUAAUGCUGGCUGGAACCAGUAUUCGAGAUGGUUGAAAGAACUGAAAACCUCUAAGCAUCCAGUAAGGGAAUGACCAGCUUGAUAUUGACUCAAUUGUCGAUUGGAGUGUAUUCUUUUAUACUGUGCCUAUAUGCAUGGUUUGUCAACCAAAUCCAUCCUCUCUAUUAUGACAACUUUUAUGUGAUAUUAAAGAUGCAAAUAAUUUAUAGAAAGAAUAGCAGAAUUCAAAUUUAAAAGUAUUGACAGUUGUGUGAUAAUUUUAGCACUAAAAGCUUCAGUAGCUGUUGAGGCAUUCUAAGUUUACAAUAAAUUACAGCUCUCCUAUAAAUUAUCUAAAGUAAACUAAGCGUGAAUGCCCCAGCUCGAGGGAGAAGCAGUGUUAAGUAGAAAGUAUUUUCACUUAAUAAUUUGUGGAAAACAAGUGAUGCUGCAGACAAUAUUUUGAAAUAGGAAUGUUGCAUCACAUGAUCUUUGCAAUAGAACCUCUAGCUGCUAAACAUUAAUGAAUAGUAAGUCACUUCUCACUUGUAAGUAAGUCAACAUGUUCAUAUAAUUUAUAAAUUGCUGAAUUGUACAUAAGUUCUAAAUAUAAUUUAAAAGAAUAA